UAUUGCAACGUUUUCUGACACAACAAAGAUGGCCACUGUUCAUGACUGAUGUGAAGAAGACGGAUACGGAAGCGAACUCGUUUUGAUUGCCCCGCCCCAGCUGAUGAGAAUCUGGGGGUCAUUGUUAUUAUUUUGUUGAAUAGCUUUUGCUAUUAUAUUUUCAAUAUUGGUGGCCUUUCUUCUGUAUCUACGUUUGCCAAAAACACCUAGGAUGAUUCCGACCGAGGAUGCGUCCGCGAGGAAGAGGGAGAUAGAGGAGAAACUAAAGCAGGAACAGGAAACCCUGUCCUUCAUCCGAGAGAAUAUGGAGAAGAGUGAUCAGCUGACUAAAGGGAUGGUGUCCAUCUUGUCAUCGUUUGAGAGUCGUCUGAUGCAGCUGGAGAACUCCAUCAUCCCAGUACACAAGCAGACAGAGAACCUACAGAGGCUUCAGGAGAAUGUGGAUAAGACCCUGUCCUGCAUGGACCAUGUCAUCAGUUAUUACCAUGUAGCCAAGGACACCGACAAGAUCAUCAGAGAGGGGCCAACGGGUAGACUAGAUGAGUACCUGGCCUGCAUUGCCAAGAUCCAGAAAGCUGUUGAGUACUUUCAGGACAACAACCCAGAUAGCCCUGAGCUCAAUACAGUGAAAGCACGAUUUGAGAAGGGUAAGGAGCUCCUGGAGGCUGAGUUCCGUGGUCUGCUGACCCGCUACAGUAAGCCUGUUCCUCCCAUAUUGAUCCUGGAUGCCAUCACUGUAGAUGAGGAGCUGGAGGUUCAGGAGGAGGUGACUCUAGAACACCUCCCUGAAGCCGUGCUACAGGAUAUCAUCUGUAUCUCUGGCUGGCUGGUGGAGUACGGACGCAAUCAGGACUUUAUGAACGUUUACUUCCAGAUCCGCUCCAAUCAGUUGGACCGCUCCAUCAAGGGUUUGAAAGACCACUUCCGGAAGAGUUCUGCCUCUUCUGGCAUCCUCUACUCACCAGCCGUUCAGACCAAACGCAAGGACACUCCCACUAAGAAGGCACCCAAGAGACCAGUCUACAUCCCAGGGACCAUUCGCAAGGCUCAGAACCUUCUCAAACAGUACUCUCAGCAUGGUCUGGAUGGGAAAAAGGGGGGCUCUAACCUCACUCCUUUGGAAGGUCACGAUCAUGACCAGCGGGUCAAACACCAGUCAGACGCCCUGACCGACAAGCAUGGGGCAGCAGCAGGGAAGGAUGAUGUCCUGGACAUAGAGAUUGACUCUUACAUCCACUGCAUCAGUGCCUUUGUGAAGCUGGCCCAGAGUGAAUACGUCCUGCUCACAGAGAUCAUCCCUGAACACCACCAGAAGAAGACCUUUGACUCCCUCAUACAGGAAGCCCUGGACAACCUGAUGCUGGAGGGUGACAACAUAGUGGCGGCAGCACGGCGGGCCAUCAUGAGACACGACUACUCUGCUGUCCUCACCAUCUUCCCCAUCCUCAGGCACCUUAAACAGACCAAGCCAGACUUUGACUCCACGCUCCAGGGCACAGCUGCCAGUACCAAGAACAAGCUGCCUACCCUCAUCACAUCCAUGGAGACUAUCGGAGCCAAAGCCCUGGAGGAGUUUGCAGACAGCAUCAAGAAUGACCCUGACAAGGAGUACAACAUGCCUAAGGAUGGAACUGUCCAUGAGCUCACCAGCAAUGCCAUCCUGUUCCUUCAGCAGCUGCUGGACUUUCAGGAGACAGCCGGAGCUAUGCUGGCCUCUCAAGUACUGGGGGACACGUACAAUAUCCCUUUAGACCCCCGAGAGACCAGUUCGUCAGCCAGCAGCUCUGAGUUCAGUAGGAGACUUCUCAGCACCUACAUAUGUAAAGUGUUGGGGAACUUGCAGCUGAAUCUUCUCAGUAAAUCCAAGGUGUACGAGGACUCUGCUCUGAGUGCCAUCUUCCUCCACAACAACUACAACUACAUCCUCAAGUCCCUGGAGAAGUCUGAGCUGAUCCAGUUAGUGACAGUGACUCAGAAGAAGGCUGAGAGUUCAUACAGAGAGCUGAUAGAACAGCAGAAACAGAUAUACCAGCGCAGCUGGUACAAGGUCACAGAGCAUAUUACGGACCGGAACAUGCCUGCCUUCCAACCAGGAACCAAGCUGAAAGACAAAGAGCGUCAGGUGAUCAAAGACAAGUUUAAGGGAUUCAACGACGGUCUGGAGGAGCUGUGUAAGAUCCAGAAGGUGUGGGCCAUCCCAGACAAGGAGCAGAGAGACGCCAUCCGCCACGCCCAGAGGAGAGUGGUAUCCGAGGCCUACAGGGCAUUCCUACAGAGAUACGCCAACAUUUCGUUCACCAAAAAUCCUGAGAAAUACCACAAGUAUCGUCCAGAGCAGGUGGAGGAGAUGAUCGAGAGGCUUUUUGAUACCUCAGCCUAAGCCACGCCCAUUGACCACACCCGCAAAGUAACCAUACCCCCAACCCUCAUAACACUCAGCUCAACCUCCUGGGUCCCCUACGACUCAGGCCUGUUCAGGAGGAUGUAACGUUCACAUAGAAAUGCAUUGUGUAGAACAGAUAUGAUUGUCUGUCAGAUAAAAUAGGGAAUUGUGUCACCUCUAUUCAUUCUAUUUAUAUCUGCAACAUUUGGAAAGUUUUACUGAAUAAACCCCAGAGCUCCUGCCUCCCCUGAGACACCCAUUGCCCUAUGGGUGUCUCAUACUUUAUGCUCUUUUUUAUAUAGUAAAGUAUUUAUAUGUAAUUUUCUUGUUCUCCAAUCAAUGAGCAUCUGAAUCUAAUAAAGCAAAGUCUGUGAUUUGCGA